UGUAGGAAUGAAGUUGGGCGGAAGUGGUCCUGUGCGUUUUGCUUCCGACUCCAGAGACCUGCAUGAAGUUGCACGGACAGCAGCAGGUUGUUUCUUAGUGUGACUGUCUGGAGAACCUUCUCGCUGUUAGGUGGGGGGCCGAGAGGAUUAAAAACUCAUCUUCAGUUUUUCUCUGCAAGGCUUCCUGGAACCAUCAAGAGGGAGGAUGUCUGUGACAUUGCACACAGAUGUGGGAGAUAUCAAAAUAGAAGUCUUCUGUGAGAGGACACCCAAAACAUGUGAGAAUUUCUUGGCUCUUUGCGCCAGUAAUUACUACAAUGGCUGUGUAUUUCAUAGGAACAUCAAGGGUUUCAUGGUUCAAACGGGAGAUCCAACAGGUACUGGAAGGGGAGGCAGCAGUAUCUGGGGCAAGAAGUUUGAGGACGAAUAUAGUGAAUAUCUGAAGCACAACGUUAGAGGUGUUGUAUCUAUGGCUAAUAAUGGGCCAAAUACCAAUGGAUCUCAGUUCUUCAUCACCUAUGGCAAGCAGCCACAUCUGGACAUGAAAUACACAGUAUUUGGAAAGGUAAUAGAUGGUCUGGAGACUUUGGAUGAAUUGGAGAAGUUACCAGUAAAUGAGAAGACAUACAGACCUCUUAAUGAUGUACAUAUUAAGGAUAUAACUAUCCAUGCCAAUCCAUUUGCUCAGUAGCUAUAAUAGGCCUGGAAAGAUCCUUGGCAAACUCUUCACUGGAACACACCCAUUGUGGUUUGUCCAGUUCUGAUUAUGUCAGAGACUGUGGUCCUUCUGGUGUUUACAGUGAUGAAGUCCAUCUGGGAGACCUGUGACGUUCUCCCCCACUGCCCCCCCAGUCUUGAGCAUAUUCUGUACUACUGUUGUUCAAUAUGUUUAAUUUAAAUACAAAGCACUGCCUUGUUUUAUUACA